CAAAGUACGGUAUCUCAUUAUAAUGGAAACACGGCUUGGUGGAAAUGUUUGCAAAUAAUUAAUAAAUAAUCAGCUGAAAGUAUUUUUUGCUGAAUAUUGACUGUGUCGAUUGCUUAUUAUCGAUCAUGGCUGAGAUGGGGUUGCCUGGCCGUCUUGCUCUUUCGCCAACUAGAAAAGAAACUUCAACCAGAAUGGAGUAUCAAGAUGAACAACAUGAGUCCUUCGUUAGACGGGACUCGAUCGUCACGGCAGCCAGCAUCACCGGGGACGACUCCGGCCAACAAAGCACCUAUUGCGAAUGGAUUAACGUUCAGUUUAGAAUAAGAAUUGUUACUCUCCUGCGAUGGCGAUCACUCGCACAAAACCUUGGUUUUAAGGGAGAUGAUCAAAUGGCUUCAUAUUUGUUAAAUAUGUACUAUGAACAAAAUAUAGGAUCAACAUCUCGACAACAAAAGAGAGAGUAAGUGUUGCCAUGUUCCAGUUAUCAGUCAUUACAUUAGAAAUGUUGUACUCUUUCAGAUGUAAGCAUUUCAAUAGACCUAUAUACAGUGCGUAAAGUUUACACUUUGAAAAAGCCCUGGGAAUUUAAAAAUAUACAACACG